AUGAAUGCACAAAACGAUGGUGUACAGCGUAGACACUGGCUUGACAAAGUGCUUCUUUGCAAAAUCGCUGAUGGCGCACAAGUGGAGCACAUUGCCGAGGCUCGGAUGCACGUGUCCCGUGAAAGGAGGGACGAAGCACUUCGAGACGGAGAAAGAGAGCGUGCCAUGAGGAGUAUAUGGGAAGUGGACUCGGCUCUUCAUCCUAGUGAUGAGGUUGUUGCGAUGCCACGAUGA